UAUCGUUGUGACACUCAUCCUCCUGUGGGAUUUCCACGGCACGUGGAUUCCGGUCUAGACACUUGCACUGGGUUGUCGGCUGCAGAAGACGAGGAUGAGGACAUCAUUGAAGAGUCACCUCCCGAACAUCCUUCAGUCUUUUCCUGUCUACCUGCAUCUCUUGAGUGCUUGGCUGAUACAAGUGAUUCCUGCUUCCUCCAGUUUGAGCCCUGUCCGCUGGAAGAGAGCUGGUUCAUCACCCCUCCACCGUGUUUCACCGCCGGAGGAUUGACCACUCUCAAGGUGGAAACCAGCCCGAUGGAGAACCUGCUCAUCGAACACCCCAGCAUGUCUGUGUACGCAGUGCAUAACUCCUGCCCUGGUCUCCACGAGGCCAGCUGUGGGGCUGACGAACUUCACAACACCAGCGGCCCC